CCCAUGUGAUCACCAGCUGUGCUCUCCUCUCUCCUAGAUAUAUAUAUACUCCAUCUCUCCUCUCUCACUCAGACUUUUGACCCUAUUUACCCCCCCCUCUCUCUCUCUCUCUCCAAAUAAUACAAACAAACACCACCUUAGCCAUCAACCUCUCCCCUCUCUUUCCCUCUCUAAUGGCAGAAAAACACCUACCCAUAUCUUGAAAUCAAAAACCCAUCUCUUUUUUCAGCUCAAACUUCAAUAUGAAGCCUCAUAAUGUUUUCUACACUGCCUUUUCUCUCAGCUCACACAAGCUUUUCCUGCUGUUUUACCUUGUUUGUGCUGUGUUUUCUUCUGUUUUAGGAGCUAAUAGUGACUUGCAGCAGCUCAUGUCUUUCAAGUCUUUGAUUUCAGACAAAACUCUGCUUCCUAAUUGGUCUACAAGCACCAGCUUGUGUGAGUUCAGUGGUGUUACAUGCAAUAUAAACUCAAGAGUUGUGGCUAUAGAUCUGAGCACCAAGAAGCUGCAUCUUGAUUUUGUAAAGGUUGAGCCUUUCUUGCUAACUUUGCCAAAUUUAGAGACCCUUUUGCUCAAGAACUCAAAUAUUACAGGAAAGUUGAGUCUUUCAGCAAGAUCUCAAUGCAGUCCUGUUUUGACAAAGUUGGAUCUAGCUGAAAACAGCAUUUCUGGCCCUGUUUCUGAUGUUUCAAGCUUGUCUUCUUGCACAAAGUUGAAAUCUUUGAAUCUUUCUGGGAAUUUUAUGGAGUUCCCAGCUAGUGAUUCUAAAGGAUUGAGCUUAAGUCUUGAAAGUCUUGAUCUUUCUUACAAUAAGAUUGUUGGACCAAACUUUAUGCCUUGGUUAUUAUCAGGGGGUUGUUCUGAGCUGAGCUAUUUAGCUUUGAAGGGUAAUAAAAUUGCUGGUCCUGUUGCUCACAUACAAGAUUGCAAGAGCUUGGAGUAUCUGGACCUUUCUGCUAACAAUUUCUCAGUUGGGGUCCCCAAGUUUGAUGAUUUCUUGGUUCUAAACCAUCUUGAUUUAUCAUUGAACAAGUUUUAUGGUGAUAUAAGUGGCUCUAUAGCCUCUUGCAAGAACCUUACUUUUCUUAAUGUCACCCAUAAUCAAUUUGGUGGUGGAGUGAUUCCAGUUAUACCAAGUAGAAGUAUCAAGUUUUUGUAUUUAUCAGCCAAUGAAUUUCAAGGGCUUAUGCCUCCUCAUCUUGCUGAUUUGUGCCCAAGUCUGGUGGAGUUGGAUGUUUCUGUGAAUCAUUUGUAUGGUUCUGUCCCUGAAAACUUUGGUGCUUGCUCUUCUCUGGAAAAGUUUGAUAUUUCUCACAACAAUUUCUCUGGUAAGUUACCAAUUGAUACUCUUCUUAAGUUGGGUAGCUUGAAGGAUAUGCUGUUUGGAUUCAAUUAUUUUGUUGGGGACUUGUCUGAUAGUUUCUCAAAAAUGACAAAGUUGAAAACUUUAGAUGUUAGUUCUAAUAAAUUGAGUGGUGUGAUUCCUGUUGGGAUUUGUCAAGAUCCUAGAAAUAGUUUGAAGGUGUUGUACCUUCAAAAUAAUGAGUUAACUGGUCCAAUACCAGAGAGUCUUAGUGAUUGUUCAAAUUUGGAAUCCCUUGAUUUGAGUUUUAAUUAUCUUAACGGGACAAUUCCACCAAGUUUAGGGUCUUUAUCAAAUCUUCGGGAUUUAAUAUUAUGGUUGAAUCAGCUUCAUGGGGUUAUUCCAGAAGAGUUGAUGAACAUAAAGACUCUUGAGAAUUUGAUACUUGAUUUUAAUGAUUUGACUGGAUCAAUCCCUGCUAGUUUAAGUAAUUGCACUAGUUUGAAUUGGAUUUCUUUGUCGAAUAACCAGUUGAGUGGUGAGAUACCUGCUUCAUUUGGUCAGCUGACCAAUUUAGCAAUUCUUAAGCUUGGGAACAACUCGCUCACCGGAAACAUUCCAUCAGAAUUGGGGGAUUGUCGCAGCUUGAUAUGGAUGGAUCUUAAUACAAAUUUGUUAAACGGAACUAUCCCACCUUCUCUGUUUAAACAAUCUGGCAAUAUUGCUGCGGGAUUGCUUACUGAGAAGCCAUAUGGGUAUAUUAAAAAUGAUGGCAGCAAGGAGUGCCAUGGAGCCGGGAAUUUGCUUGAAUUUGGAGGAAUACGACAAGAGCAGUUGAAUAGAAUUUCGACAAGGCAUCCUUGCAACUUUACUAGAGUUUACUGGGGCAUCACAGAACCUACAUUUCACAACAAUGGGUCCAUUAUUUUCCUUGAUCUUUCUUAUAAUAAGUUGGAGGGCGGUCUCCCAAAGGAGCUUGGGUCCAUGUACUAUAUCCAGAUCCUCAACUUGGGGCAUAAUGAUCUGUCUGGUCCAAUCCCUCAAGAGCUUGGGAAAAUGAGGUGUGCUGCGAUUCUCGAUAUGUCGUAUAAUCGAUUGAAUGGAUCGAUUCCUCAGUCCUUGACUGGCCUUAAUUUCCUUGGUGACAUUGAUCUGUCAAACAACCAUCUUUCUGGUUUGAUCCCGGAAUCUGCUCCGUUUGAUACUUUUCCAGAAAACAGAUUCUUGAACAAUUCAGGCCUCUGCGGAUAUCCGCUUCCUCGUUGCGGGCCAGGUUCAAAUGCAAACUCUAGUGGUCAACAUAAGAAGUCCAAUCGUAGACAAGCGUCUCUAGCUGGAAGUAUUGCAAUGGGGCUGUUGUUCUCGCUUUUCUGCAUCUUUGGUUUUAUUUUAAUAGCGGUCGAGACCAGGAAAAGGAGGAAGAAGAAGGAAGCUGCCCUUGAAGCUUAUAUGGAAAGUCAUUCACAUUCUGGUGCUGCAAAUAGUGGUUGGAAACUAACUAGUGCACGUGAGGCCUUAAGUAUCAACCUUGCAACAUUUGAUAAACCACUCAGAAAGCUCACUUUUGCAGAUCUUCUUGAAGCCACCAACGGUUUUCACAACGACACACUUGUAGGUUCAGGUGGCUUUGGUGAUGUUUAUAGAGCUCAAUUAAAGGAUGGAAGUGUUGUUGCCAUCAAAAAACUCAUUCAUGUGAGUGGGCAAGGGGAUCGAGAAUUCACAGCUGAAAUGGAGACCAUUGGUAAAGUCAAGCACCGAAAUCUUGUACCCCUCUUGGGGUACUGCAAGGUGGGAGACGAACGGCUGUUGGUUUAUGAAUACAUGAAGUUUGGAAGCCUGGAAGAUGUAUUGCAUGACCGCAAGAAAAUAGGAAUCAAGCUAAAUUGGGCUGCAAGAAGAAAAAUUGCCAUUGGAGCAGCAAAGGGACUGGCAUUUCUGCACCACAGUUGUGAUCCUCACAUUAUCCACAGGGAUAUGAAAUCCAGCAAUGUUUUGCUUGAUGAAAAUUUGGAGGCCAGAGUUUCUGAUUUCGGAAUGGCAAGGGAAAUGAAUCCAAUGGACACCCACUUGAGUGUAAGCACGUUAGCGGGCACACCUGGUUAUGUCCCUCCGGAAUACUACCAGAGUUUUAAAUGCACAACGAAAGGUGAUGUUUAUAGUUAUGGUGUCGUCCUGCUUGAGCUGUUAACAGGAAAACAGCCAACCGACUCAAUGGAUUUCGGGGACAACAAUCUUGUGGGGUGGGUUAAACAGCAUACAAAGUUAAAAAUAAUCGAUGUUUUCGAUCCACAACUACUGAAAGAAGACCCGAGCCUCAUGAUCGAGCUCUUAGAACAUUUAAAGAUAGCGUGUGCUUGCUUAGACGAUCGGCAAUGGAAACGGCCUACAAUGAUCCAAGUAUUGGCAAGUUUCAAGGAAAUUCAAGCUGGAUCAGGUUUCGAUUCCCUGUCGACGAUAGGAGCAGAUGAGGUCAAUUUUGGUGCAGUUGAAGGGAUAGAGAUGAGCAUAAAAGAAGAUGUGGAAAUGGGCCAUGAUGACUGAUACUGAUACAAAAAACUCUACUCUGCAGAAACCAAGCCAAGUUUUCCAACAGCUAAGGUCAUUCUUUGGUGAAUCAAGAAACAAAAUGCUGCCUGGUGGAGAUGAUGUUCUUGUAGUCAGCUGCUUCCCAAAUUUUCCCACUACUAAAUCUCCACAAAAAAGCAAGCUGGCAUUGUAUUAUUAGUAAAAUGUAUGUAUUAUUAGUCAUAUUUUGGAAAAAUCUUGUUUAUUACUCCAUACACCUCCUUUGAUAAGAUAAAUGUUGUUGAAUCAGUUGGUGUAGAACACUGUACAUACAUAUAUAUAAGCUGAGUUUGUUAUGUCUUUGUUUAA